CUCAAAUUCCCUCCUCUCCUCUUCUCCCCCCUCUUCAGAUCGAAGCCCACGCGCUAAUCCCCCGCCGCUCGCGCGCUUCCGAUCGGGCGGCCGCUUCCCACCCCACCUCACCCCUCGCCGGGCGCCAUGUCGAUGCUGGACGCCUUCUUCAAGGGCGGCGGCGGCGGCGGCUUCCGCGGCGCCAAGUGCAAGACGCUGCUGAAGCUGACGAUCCCGCGGAUCAAGCUGCUGCGGAACCGGCGGGAGCUGCAGCUGCGCCAGAUGCGGAGGGACAUCGCCAAGCUGCUCGAGGCGGGGCAGGAGGCCACCGCGCGAAUCAGGGUGGAGCACAUCAUCCGGGAGGAGAACAUGAUGGCCGCGCAGGAGAUCCUCGAGCUCUUUUGCGAGCUCAUCGCCGUCCGCCUGCCCAUCAUCGAGGCGCAAAAGGAGUGCCCCAUUGAUCUCAAAGAAGCAAUAUCCAGUAUCUGUUUUGCUGCUCCAAGGUGUGCAGACCUGCCUGAACUGAUGCAGGUUCAAAUGAUGUUUGCAACUAAAUAUGGGAAGGAGUUUGUUGCUGCAGCUUCAGAGCUGAUGCCAGAUUGUGGGGUCAAUCGGCAGAUAAUUGAACUACUCUCUAUCCGUCCCCCUCCUGUUGAUGCAAAGUUGAAACUGCUGAAGGAGAUCGCUGAGGAGCAUGAAGUUGAUUGGGAUCCAUCAGAGACGGAAACAGAAUUUCUGAAACCUCAUGAAGACCUAUUGAAUGGACCAACCUAUUUCAAUGGUUCCACAUUACCUCUUCCCAAGGAGAAACAUGAGGAAACAGUAGCUGCAAGUGCUGCAGAGCAACCUGAUGAAGACUAUGAGUCAGAUACUGGUCUCGAGUCACUGGAUUUGCCUGAAGUCCCGAAAGCUGCGAUUCGUCCACCUACUGAUGCACCAUCAACUCCAGAUAUUGGUCCACGUGAUCAACGCUCCCAAUCAAUUCCUCAUGACUUCUCAAAUCCCAAUUUGCCUGAAGUCCCAAAAGCUGCAAUUCGUCCACCGUCUGAUGUGCCAUCAACCCGAGAUAUUGGUCCACAUGUUCAAAGCUCCCAGUCAAUUCCUCAUGAAUUCUCAAAUCCUACCGACUUGGAGGAGAAUCCAACAGCUGAUGGUAUUUUUAGGAUUCAAAUGAAAAGCUUGGAACAUCUUGUUUCUGCACCAUCUGCUCAGUCAAGCAUACCAGAUUCGCCAAAUGAAAAGAAGCAAUUUAUUCCUUUCACCUCGCCCCCACCAGUUAUUACUACUUCUUCGAUGGAGAAAACUGAGUCAAUCCCCUCACCUUCUCCAUCUCCUCCAGUGAAGCCAGCAGAGCCAGAAAUCUUCACUAAGAAAAUCGAUGAAGUGCCUCCUACUGAUUACAUGUUCUCGAGACAACCAGAACAGGUACACACAAUCUCACAUACUGGGAGCGGGACAGAAAUAGACUUGGACGAUGUAUUAUCUGCUGCUCAAACAGCAGCUGAAUCAGCAGAGCGAGCUGCAUCAGCGGCCCGUGCUGCUGCAAACCUUGCGCAGCUGCGAAUUGCAGAUCUGAAGAAGAAUACCAAAUCUUACGGUGAUGGUGUCCCAAAGGAAAGCCAUCAUCAGACUGAGGCAACGCAGAAACCAGUAUUUGAUCACCAGGACUCCUUUACCAACAACACACAGGACUAUGUGCCUUCCCCUGUACCACUGAGGUCGCCAUCUUUGGAAGAUGAUCCAUAUUUCUCCUAUCCCAACCUGUUCUCGCCACCGAAACCAUGAGGAUGGAAUGAAGGUUUGCACGUAGUUGUUCAGCAUAGUUUGAAGCCUCUGCAAUAUCAUCACUUCAGCUCUGUUCUGUCUUCCUGUGUUUGGCUGUCGCCCGGAAACUUCUGUGUAUGCUGAGUUGAUACGAAAACAACUAAAGGAGACUACUGCGUUGUUACUCGAUUAUUACAAUACCUGUCUUGUUGAGUCUCUGUAAAUUGUACAUGUGUGAUGUUUGUAUCAGUUUCCGAAACAUUUAUGCAGUUCUACAGGUAAUAACGGAAACUGAAUCAUAGCAAAUAAUAUUCCUUGUCAUUUGUUGUGGUACUC